AUGUUGGGGUGGAUCACCGGGCAGGACGAGCAGCUCGCGCAUUCCGCAGCAGGUGUUCUUGAGCCACCAGAGACACCAGCUCCCGUAUUUGCCAUUCGCGCCUUCAGGAGUGCGCUGUUUGGCACGCCUGGAGCUGAGGAGGAGGAGGAGAAGAACGGACAGAGGGAUACACGACCGAAGCCGCACGCGACCAAUCAACAAAGGAGAAAAAGCGACUCAUUACAAAUUCCUUCUGCAGAGAACGCAGGGAAUGGGAUCACUGCUAAGAAGGCAGACAUAGAUAUGGCCGCGAACGCGAUGGGAUCCCCUACCAAAAGUAUUCUCGUAACGCCAGGAACUACCUCGAACCGACGAAAGACCGUUUCCUUUGGUGAUGGAGUUGUUGAUAAUGAACGAAAAGCUGACGGACAGUCGCCCACCAAAUCUCCCUCAAAAACCCCGACCAACCAACCGAUCAACACAAGCAGCCAGUGGUCAACAGGCUCAUCCGACACGAAAAAUAAGCCACGAAGCAAGCUAACGCAGGCCUUGCUGGAUUCUCGCGACAAGCCCAAGGAUUUAGAGCCCACUCGAUUAUCCAGUAGCGAGGCAGGUUCCUCAUCAGAUAUUGUACCCAAGAUGAUGUCACUAGAAGUGGAAGAGGACGCAAAUGAUGAGACCAUGAAUCUGGAUGAACCGCGUUCUCAGUCUGGGAAAUACUGGAAAGCCGAGUUUGAUAACUACAGAACAAAGACCAACUGGGAGAUCAAAAAGCUCAUCCAGUAUCGCUCCGUUGCAAAAGCAUAUGCCAAAAAGAAGGAUGCAGAGGCACUACGUCUAGCUGAAAAGUUGCAGGCGGAAGAAGCAAAAGUCUCUGGGAUGGAACGCCAUGUCUCUCAACUUGCGUCCACGAUGGUGACAGAGAAUACAAAUGCGGACAAGGAGAAACUGGUUCAGGAUCUUGCCAAGCAGACGGCGUUAGCUCUGCAGUAUAAGCACCGAGUCAAUUCAUUACGAAAACUUUUGGAACAAAACGGUGUUAUUGGAAACGAAGUGGAUGAAGCUCCAGCGCAACCCGGAUCAAGCGGGGAAGAACUCCGCAAAACCCAGCAGGCACUGGACCAAGCAAAUGCUAAAAUCGAGGAGAUGAAAGGGCAAAAAUCCGAUCCCGACAUCAGCAAGCUUCAGGAUUUAGCUCAAAGCUCUGAAAAGAAAGCUUCGGAGCUUGAAAAGGAGAACAUGACACUCAAGCAGACGCUGGCGCGAGUCAAGCAGGAGAUGACCAAAUACGAGGGCCGGCGCAAGGAAAAAGAGGCAAAGCUGAAGCAAAGAGAGGCCAAAUUGGAAACCCGAAUUCAAGAGUACCGGGAACGCUUGAAGACGGCUUCUCAGCAGCAUCGUCACUCAGAAGACGUUCUCAGGGGGUCUUUCGUUGAAGAGCGCCGUCGCAUGCAGGAGCAAAUCGACUUCUUGAAAUUGAAGUUGACCACUAUUGAGCGUAUGCCAGAAAGUCUAGGUCACGGUCGAUACUCAUACAGUCCCCGCAAAGGCCACGCCGGGAUUCAGAUACAGGAUUUUGGGCAAUCCAGUCCACAAAAAGGCGAAGACGAUGAGACCGAUGACAUUGAUGAACCUCCCAGCCCAAGUCCUCGCUCAAAAGAUCGACAUGCUCGCCAUUCACGAACCGUUACAGGAGACGUUUUGGACUUAAAACGUGCUGCUAAGGCAAUGGGCAUGGAUGAUGACGAUGAACAACUAAUUUACAUGGAAGAAUCUCCCAAGAAGGGGUAUGGUUACCGCUCUCAUACGAUAGACAAUUCCGAGGUGCCGCCUUCAUCGCCCCCAGAUCUCACGUCGGCCGAACCCCCCACUCGGGCUUUCGCCUCAAAGCAAAAAUACGAUCGGGACAGCCAUCGCCCGUAUUUGACCUCCCACACCACCAUGAACUCUCUUGCCCGCCAUCUGACACAGAUCAACGAUAGUCAGCAGAUCCGCACACAGCGUCAGUCCGCGCGUCGCUCCCCGACAAAAUUCAGUCUUGAUGCCUUAUCGGGUCUGCCCAAUACCCACAUGUCCGAUCGAUCUGGGAAAAGGCAUAGUCGGGCUAGCGUUCCACUUGAUGCCAUACCGGUGGACCGGAUGCUUGCUGCACAAGCACGACUUAAACGGAAGGGAGAGAGCCGCAAAGGCAAAGAAGAAGGCAAAGAAAAUAUCAAAGCGUUCAAUACCUGA